AUGAGGUUUCCUUCUAAAAAAAAAAAAAAAAUCUACAAAUUAAAUGAUGACAUGGCAUGCAGUGUGGCUGGAAUUCCAUCAGACAUCAACAUUUUGACUAAUGAACUGUGGUUUGUCACUCAACAGAAAAAGCAAUAUUGGGGGUUCCAUCUUUAUCAGAACAACCCCAGGGGCAAUCUCAGGGGCUGGAAUGCUACGUGUAUCUGCAACAACAGUGCGGCUGCUGUGUCCAUGUUGAAACAGGACUACAGGACAAAAGGGAACAUAUUACAGCUUACAGCUUGCUGGCAGCAGGGCUGGAUGGUGCACCUUUAUUCUCCGCCUAUACGCCAAUGCCGUAGCCCCAUGCAGUUACUUUUUAUAUAUACUUUUAUAUAUAUAUUUUUUGAAUGUAUUUAUAUUAAGUUAUGUUUUAUGAUUAGUGGAUUGAUUGUUAAGUCUUUAGUGAUUGUAAUCCCUGUAUAUGUCCCCUUAUUGCGGCUAAGCAUAAUUCAGGUCAUUAUAGGAGUUCCCUUUGAGGGUUAA